UGCUGAACUCUUAAGUCAAACACACCCUCAGUAUGAGCUGUGACGGAGCAAACACUGCCCACAUGGGUUAGAAACUCUCCCAGAGAAGCAGGUUUUUGCAGUGGGAAUAUGUAACUGCUGUAUGUGGAAUAUGGCUCAGACUCCGGCGGUGAAAACUCCUCUGCGGAGAUCCUUCAGUGAGCAUGUGAAAGACUCCACCAACAAGGCUUGGGAUGUCUUCUGGAGGAGCGUGAGGGAGAGGCGGCUGUGGGAGAUUGAAGCCAAGGAGGCCUGUGAUUGGCUGCGAGCGGCCGGCUUCCCUCAGUAUGUGCAGCUAUUCAAAGACUGCAGGUUCCCCGUCGACCUCGAGUGGGCGAAGCGUGAUCACCACUUCCUGGACAAGGAUGCUCUCGAUUCGCUCUGCAGGAGAUUAAGCACUUUAAACAAAUGUGUGGAAAUGAGGCUGGAGCCGCGGAGAUCAAAACGCAGGGGAAACGACUGCGAUGAGGAGGACUUCUGCGCCAUCAGCCCCAGCUGGACCUACGACAGGCGAGCGCGACGAUGGCGACGCCUCGACUCCGCCGUGGACGUGUCUCUGUGUGACGACGGCGACCGCCAUGAUGUGUGCUCCAUCCACAGCUCCAGCAGCACCGACAGCGAAGGCCACGAUGGGCAACACAAGAGGCGCAGGGAAGCCGGGGGAGGAACCGCUCUGAUGACUGCCGCCGCCGGCGGCACCACAGACGACCAGGAGACCAGCAGGAGCUCGUCCCGCUGCUCCUCCACGAACAAGACCCCCUCCCUGGAUACCUCAUUCAGCGGACCCCCGUCCCCUGGUGAGAGUGGCGGAGGAUCGUCCACCGCAAGUCUGGAAGCUGACGGCUGCUUCCCAGACAAACCGCCCAGGAAGAAGUGCACCAGCCUCCUGAGGAAGAUGGAGAAGCUGAGGCUGAGGGGGACGAGUGGAAGCAGCAGUGGCGAUCGGGCCCGGUAUGUUAUAAGUGGGCCAGUUCUGAUCCAGGAGGAGGAGCAGAUGGAGAGGCUGCUCUGCCCAUCGAGUCUGCAAGGUCGACCCAGCAGCCGGGCGUCCUCCUCGCCCUCGUCUUCUCACGCCCUCAGCAGCAGCAGCAGCAGCAGUAACAGCCACUCGGAGAGCAGCAGCACCGUCAGCACGCCCAGCCCCGUCACCCGGGUCAGGAGCAACUGCAAACGCUCCAACAGCGGCGUCGGAACGACCCGGAACAACCAGAACCACAUGGGAACAGAGGACUACAGGAACCAGAUCAACAACAACAACAACAGCAGCCACGAGAGCCUGGUCUUCCACAUCCCCCACGGACACAAACCAGGGACCUUCCCCACCUCCCUCGCACACAAACACGCCAUGCUGUCCCCCAUCAUCGACAGCACCUCCGUCAACUGGAGGACCGGGAGCUUCCACGGUUACCGGGGGAGGAACAGUUGCCGACGCGGCGGCACGUCGUCGCUUGCCGCCGGCGACAGGAACCCCUCGUCUGCUUCGCCGUCCUGUGGCGUCGGCGUCCCUAGCCCGCUCGCGACGCUGGAUCAUCGGCUGAGCAUCUACGACAACGUGCCCGAUGACCAGCCGCUGUCUGAGGGUGAAGGCGGCGAUGCAGAGCGGACGGGUGAGGAGUCAGAGGUGAGUCGACUGUUGGCAGACGAAGACGUUUUCUCAGCUCUGGACAGCGUCCUGGAGAGGAUCAGCGACCUCCAACAACUGGUCUCCACCUGGUCCGAAAAUCUGUCGGACGACUCUCAGAGAGCCUCCUCCUCCUCCUCCUCCUCCGUCCUCCUCGUCUUCCUCCACCAGGACUCACCAGGUCACUGCUCCUCGGCCGCCUCCCCCUGCCCGUCCUCCCCCAGCCACAUCCACCUGGAGGUGCAGCAUCCAGAGGAGGAGGAGGAGGAGGAGGAGGAGGAGGAGGAGAAGGUACCGGUGAACGGAGAGGAGGUGAAGUCGAGAUCACCACAACCCAGGAGCAGGGUGAGUCAGCACCUGCACUGGUCCAGCGAGCAGAGUCUGCCCUCCAUGCCCACCAGUCCGGGGGUGGAGAACCAGUCGGCCUCCCAGUUCCUCCUGCUGCAGAAACUCGCGCUGCUCAAACUCACCGCUCUGAUGGACAAAUACUCCCCGUCCAGCAAGCAGGGCUGGAACUGGACUGUUCCCAAACCGGUGAGGAAGACCAAGGCGAUGGAGGUGAAAGGUCGGCGGGUGUUUGGAGUCCCUCUGCUCCUCAGUGUGCAGCAGACAGGAGAGCCGCUUCCUCCCAGCAUCCUCCGGGCCCUGGUCUACCUGAGGACCGAAUGUCUGGACCAGGUCGGUCUUUUCCGGAAGUCGGGGGUCAAGUCUCGUAUCCAGUACCUCCGCGAGCUGGUGGAGUCCAACCCCGACGGCAUUUCGUACGACAGCCAGUCCGCCUUCGACGUCGCCGACAUGGUGAAGCAGUACUUCAGAGACCUGCCUGAACCCAUCUUCACCAGCAAACUCUGCGAGUCCUUCCUCCACAUUUACCAAUAUUUUCCCAAGGACCAGCAGUUGGCUGCGGCUCAGGCGGCCAUCUUGCUACUUCCUGACGAGAACAGGGAGGCGCUGCGGACGCUGCUCCACUUCCUGCGGGACGUGGUGGCCUGCGUGGACGAGAACCAGAUGACUCCGACCAACGUCGCCGUCUGCCUGGCGCCGUCGCUCUUCCACCUCAACACCCUGAAGAGAGACGCCAACGCAGCCAGGAGUCACAGGAAGUACAGCCUGGGCUGCCCGAACCAGCGGGACCUGAGCGAGAACCUGGCUGCCACCCAGGGCCUGGCCAACAUGAUCACCGAGGCCCAGAGACUCUUCCAGCUUCCAGAGUUUUGGCCUGGUCGGUGUCUAAGUCCUGCAGGCCCCACUGAGGACUCCCUGUCUGAGGAAGGAAGAGGCCCGGUGUCCUCCAGUCAGAGUGGAGGUGAGGAGGAGCAGGAGGAGAGGAGGAACAAGCUGCAGCAGAGCACCCAGCUCCUCCUGAAGGAGGCCAGGGAGAAGAGCCGAGGCUGGGAGAGCCACCCGGCUCCAGAGCAUGUGGACCUGGCCUUUAAAAAGAUGGACGACGGCUGCCCGCUGUGGAUGUGGCGAGGCUCCGUGGAGGUGGACGCCCCCCAGAAGGAGCUGCUCCACCGGCUGCUGAGAGAGCACCAGCUGUGGGAGGGAAGCCUGCGCCAGGCCACCGUCGUCCAGACCUUGUCCAAGGACGCCGAAGUCUACCACUACCUCCUACAGAGCCAGGGCCACGGCCUGGACUCCCGGCCCCCACAGGAGCACCUGCUGCUCAGAACCUGGCAGUCAGACCUGACCUCCGGACCCCUGUACCUGUCCUCUGUAUCCACGGAGCACCCCGAGGUCCUGGUGGAAGGGGUCAGGGCUCAAGUCCACUCCUGCCUGUACCUGCUGGAGCCCAGCGGAGCCAGGAAGACCCGGCUGACGCACCUCUGUCGAACCGACACCAGAGGUCGGUCGCAGCAGUGGCACAGCAGAGUGAGCGGACAUCUCCUGGCCUCGGCUCUCCUGGCCGUCAGAGACUCGUUCAGAGCUGCAGACUACAAAGAGACCAAGAUCUGAGUGGAGGACGAGGACUGUGGGAUGAUUUACAGAUUUUGCACUAAUCCGGGGGUUAGACUGCGUCGCUUCCUCCACCUCACGGCAGAAAUAAAGAGGAGACUGCAGCAUCAUUUUCACAGGACUUUCUGUAAAGUUGUAAAAGUGAAACUCGAGGCUCAGAGCACAGCAAGAAGGGAAGGUGACCUCUGAGGGCCUCCCCGAACCAUUUGCUUCUCUUUGGCUUCUGUUGGAUUUGCUGUAUGUGUUUUUUUUUCUUGGUGACCUUGCAGAUUGCCAGCAGCACCUCUGCACUCCCUGCUGCGACUGUUACGCUUCACACUCGAGUUCACAAAAAAAUGCAAACGACGACGAGCUUUGACAAAGAGCGUUUGAUUCAGAGGGGGACGGGUGAGGAGCUGAGGCCUGAUGUGACUUCUAAACUUUAGAGGGGAAAAAGGUUGAGAUGAAGCAAGUGGACAGUGUGGCUCGACUUCUUUCCUGUGGGAAGCACAGAAAAGAAGUCGAACCACACAGGAAAUAAGGACAGAAAACAUCAGGAAACAGACUUUUAGCCAACAGACGUUUGGCUUCAGUGGAAAGAGGAAGAGGAUGAAGGAAGAGGAGAGCUCGUAUCAAACCGAAAAGACAGAGCAGGUCUGAACGGUGCAGCCGCUCGAUAGCAGGAUGUCGUCUGGAGUCUGAUGCUGUGUUGACAGUUUCUAUGAAAACAAACAUUGAAUGAUUUAUCGAAUUCUAUCGAAAUAUCUGUCAGAAAAAUCAAUAAUCCAAAAUAGUUUUUUUCCCAAACUCGUUCUGCCCUUGAUUCCAGAGAAGGCUCCUUCACCUGUACAGAGAUAAUUACCCAUGAACAGAAUCUACCUCUCCACAGGACGACGCCACAGUUGCGUGACUUUGAAAGUUGUGAAUUGACGGAGGCCUCGCCACGCAACACGGCGGCGGGGGCGGGGUGGGGGUGGGGGUUAGGGUCUUUUGUGUGUUUCCCGGCACUGUGACGGAUAUCCAACCUGACAGCUCCCUGGAUUUUUUAACAUUUGUAUUUAUUGUGUGUGACGUUUAUGCGUCUCUGUGCUUGUACAGUCUGAUUUCAUGUGGCACCUGAGCGUUGCUUCACUUUCAGAGUCGGCUUGUCCUACAUAUAAGCGUCAUUGUGGUGAAGUAGGUCAGGUGUGCAAGGAAAUGUUCAUAAUCAUCAUACUCCAGAGUAUUUAACUUAUAUCUAAAUACAAAUUUCUUAUAUCCAGAUAUCUUUAUUUAAUUUUGAGCUUUCAGAAAAUCUUGUGUGUGUGUGUGAAAUCUAAAAUUAUCAGUGCCAAACUCCUAAUUAAAAUGUUUAUUUCUCUCUUAA